AUGAAGAACUUUUUGAAAGCCGCUUUGACAGACGACGCUCCCGUCACCGAGAAGCACCUGCUUUAUUCUACAAAUUCUCAGGCUACCGGGGAUGCUGAACUUCACCAUCGUGUGCACCCCGGGGACAACAAGGGUAAGGGUAUCGACACUAUUGUUGUGACCGAAGAAAACUCGUCUGAAGGCGGCGAUCUCGAACACCAAAAGUCUGGACUUGGCGGUGUUGACAGUUCUGCCGACCCUCUUGCAGCUAAGCUUUCACAGGUAGCUCUGGAUGAUGAAUAUGCGGGUAUCACAGUAGAAGAUGAUUCGCCUUACCCUGAGGUUCGUGCUGCUGUUCCCUCUACCGAUGACCCCAAUCUCUGCCAAAACACUCUGCGUAUGUGGGUUCUCGGUAUGUUGAUGACCACCAUUGGGUGUGGUCUGAAUAUGUUGUUCUCGAUGCACUCCCCUUCUAUUGUCUUGAACAGUUACGUUACUGCCAUUUUGGCAUGGCCCCUAGGUAGGGCCUGGGACAAAGUGAUGCCAAACAAGCGUCUGUUCGGCAAAUGGGGUCCUCAAUUAAACCCUGCUCCCUUUAACCUAAAAGAACAUGCUUUGAUCUGUGUGAUGGGUAACGUUUCUUUUGGUGGUGGUAAUGCUUAUGCAACCGAUAUUCUUUUGUCAAUGAACAACUUUUAUGGAAAAGACUUUGGUUGGGGUUUUAACCUGUUGGCGAUCUUCUCUACCCAAUGUAUUGGGUUUGCCAUGGCCGGUCUCACAAGAAAGCUCCUAGUCACUCCUGCCUCUAUGAUAUGGCCUGCCAACUUGGUCACAAGUACCUUCUUAACAAACAUGCAUGUUAACGAAAACCACAUCGCUAACGGAUGGUCCAUGUCAAGACUCAAAUUCUUCUUGAUCGUCUUUACCUGUGGUUUCGUUUACUAUUGGUUCCCUGGUUUCAUUUUCCAAGCUCUAUCUUACUUCGCGUGGGUCACUUGGAUCAAGCCAAACAAUGUGAUUGUGAACCAGGUCUUUGGUGCUAGUACCGGUUUAGGUUUAAUUCCCCUCACAUUUGAUUGGAACCAAAUUGCCGGUUACGUGGGUUCGCCUUUGAUCCCACCUGCCGGUACUAUUUUCACAAUUUUGCUGUCUAUGGUCAGCAUCUUCUGGAUUAUUGUUCCAGCAAUCCACUACUCGAAUGUCUGGUAUGGAAAAUUUCUUCCAAUCUCCGAUUCCAGCUCGUUCGACAGAUUCCAAAAUUCAUACAAUGUUUCCAAGGUGGUCAACGCUGAUUUAUCUUUCAACCUUGAAGGAUACCAGAAAUACUCUCCUCUGUAUUUGUCCGCCACAUUCGCAAUUUCCUAUGGUUUAUCUUUUGCUUCUAUGACUGCGACCAUCGUUCAUGCCGCAUUAUUCCACGGAAACCAGAUUUUGAAUGUUCUUAGACGCAGAAAAGCCGAAAAGGAUGACGUCCAUGCCAGAUUGAUGAGAAACUACGAAGACGUUCCAGAGUGGUGGUACGGUAUUGUAUUCUUGGUGUUUUUUGCUCUGUCUGUCGCUACUAUUAGAGCCUGGCCCACCGAAAUGCCUGUUUACACUCUGAUCAUUGCCUUGAUCAUUGCCUUCUUCUUCCUAUUGCCUAUUGGUAUCGUGCUUGCCAUUACCAACAUUUCUGUCGGUCUUAAUGUCAUGACUGAAUUCAUCAUUGGAUACAUGACCCCAGGUAAGCCCAUCGCUAUGAUGUUUUUCAAGACAUUUGGUUACAUCACCAAUUACCAAGCAACCUACUUCGUGCAGGACAUGAAGUUGGGUCACUACAUGAAGUGUGCUCCAAAAGUUUUGUUUGCAGCCCAAUUGGCUGCCACCUUGUGGGGUGCAUUGGUUCAAAUUUGCGUCAUGAAAUGGGCCCAAGGAAAUAUUGAGAAUAUUUGCACUCCAGAACAGGCUUCCCACUUCACUUGUCCAGGAUCAAGAGUCUUCUUCAAUGCCUCCAUUAUUUGGGGUGUUAUCGGCCCUCAAAGAAUGUUCUCUCCCGGUAAGUUUUACAACAAACUGAUGUAUUUCUUUAUCCUCGGUGCCCUCCUACCUCUGGUCAACUGGCUCAUCUUGAAGAAGUGGCCAAAGUCCUUCGUGAAGUACAUUCAUUGGCCUGUUUUCUUCUCGGGAACUGGUCUAAUCCCUCCUGCCACACCAUACAACUACGGUUCUUACUGUAUGGUGGGUAUCUUUUUCGGCUACUACAUCAAGAAGCGGUUCUUCGCCUGGUGGAGUAAGUACAACUAUUCGCUCUCCGCGGCUCUAGACAUCUCGCUAGCUUGGUCUUCCUUGAUGGUUUUCUGCUGUCUAGGUCUGACCAACGCAGUUGCACCAAGCUGGUGGGGUAACAAUGUUAUCAACACCGCAGAAUACAAUGGUGUUGCUAUUCAGCAGUUUGUGGCAGAGGGUGAGUCUUUCGGUUUGACCGAAUGGUGA